AUGGGGGGAAGUAAAAAUGACAAUUCGCAGGUGAAUAAGGGGGGAGCUGGGGGCUCGAGUAAAAGCUCCAAGGCGGGGCGUAGCAAGUCCAAGGGCGCGGCAUACAACAAGUCUGCCUCUGCGGGAGUGGCUACUGGGGAGGAGGGCAAGGCGGAAAAGACUGAGGAGACGACGGUUGCCGCGGGGGGUACAGAGAAGGCCACUGCAAGUAGUCCUCCAGGCGCUGCCCUGGGGGGUGCACAGAAGGCAUCUGGAAGUAGUCCUGCGGGAGCUGCCUCGGGAGAUACCACCAUUGCUACUACGACGGUAGGUAGCCCCAGCGGGCGUGCCCCUGCUGGCCCGGCAGAUGGCAAGGGGGCCAGCCGGGGGGGCAGCAAGGCGAGCGCGAAAGGGUCCAGCAGCUCCAAGAACAGGGAGAAGGGCUCAGAAAACACGGCGAACACGACGAGCGCGACUAACUCGGCUAACUCCGGUGGCACGGCGCCCCCCAGCGGUAGCAAAGCGGCGAACGCGGGAAGGAGCAAAUCGGCAAGUGGAGGAAGCAAAGCGCGGAACACAGGAAAAGCGCUCAGUUCGUUGUCCAAAUUCAAUGACUCCUACGCCCUCAUAUUCCCAAACGCACUGCCAGUGAAGCAAGUCAUGUGGGGUCUGGACCCCCUCAACAAAGUCUGGAGGUUCUGUUCCAUUGUGUACGCCAGGCCAAAAAAUAAAAACCUCAAUGACCUGAAUUUUAUCUUCCCCUUAAAUUUAACCAAAAAUGAAAUCAUCACUAAAUUGUCCACAGAGCUGUCUACUAAUACGACUGAAAUGAACGAGUGGGAUUAUGAUUACUAUGUGCACUGGGAGAAAUUCGACAGGCGUCUUGACUGUUGGCUUGCAUAUAAAAAUCUGCGCUGUCUGGAUCAAGAGCCAAAUGAUGGAUUGCCGUGUAUACGAGAAAAAGACAAUGAAGAAUCAGAUCAUGACGACCAUGCAGGUAUUGAUAAAGAGUAUCUCCGAGAACAUGAAGAGAAUACAAAACUGAAAACAAUUAAUCAGAUAAAAUUUGGAAAAUACCUAAUUGAUACCUGGUACUUUUCUCCCUACCCGAAGGAGUAUCAGAAUAUAGACAUUCUAUACAUUUGUGAAUUUUGUUUAUCCUUUUUUAAAGAAAAUGAAGAACUACUUCGACAUACAGAGAAAUGUGAAAUUAGACAUCCCCCUGGAAAUGAAAUAUAUCGAUGUGAAAAUAUAUCCAUCUUUGAAAUCGAUGGAACUUAUUUCCGCAUCUAUUGUGAGAAUCUGUGUUUUCUCUCGAAACUUUUUCUGGAUCAUAAAACGUUAAAACAUCGAGUCAAUUUAUUCUUAUUCUACGUCAUUACUGAGUUUGAUCAUUUUGGCUACCAUAUCACUGGAUAUUUUUCCAAAGAGAAAUACUCCAAGAAUAACGUGUCUUGUAUUUUGACUCUUCCUCAGCAUCAGAAGAAAGGUUAUGGGAGGUUUCUCAUAAAUUUCAGUUAUUUCCUCUCCCAGACGGAAAAACGCACUGGUACACCUGAGAGACCUUUAUCCGACUUGGGGGUAGCGUCUUACAUGGCUUACUGGUAUGAGACACUCCUCAAGGUGCUGAUAAACUACGAGCAGUUAUCCAUUCAGGAGUUGUCCGAAAUUACUAGCAUUGAGACCAACGAUAUUAUUUCCUGCCUUGAAGAGAAAGACAUUUUUAAGACGUUGGCCAAUGGAGGAGAGUCUGUCUACUACAUAAACCCGCAGCAGCUGGAAUUUGUUCUCGCCAAGGUGGGCAAGAAGAACUACGAUUUGUGCCCGACUAAGCUCCACUGGGUCUCCUACGAUUAUUACUUGGCCAUGUAA